AUGCCCGAUGAAGCAUCGUACCAGGUGUUCAACUAUGUGGCGGACUGCUUCAUCAGCGUUCCGGUUGCCGGUCGCGACGAGGAGAAUACGUGCGAGUACGUCUGCCGGUGGGUUUGCCAACAGCUGAAAAUUAAACCGGUGGUAUUCGCGCUCGUCGGGUUGCGAGUCCAUGGAGAAAAAUGGUUUCUGGCCGGUUGCAGCCGUCCGUCGACGGACAAGAAGUACGAUUUUCGGCUUCGCUUCAAGAUUCCCGAUCUGUCCUGCCUGAAAGCGCUCGAUCAAGAGCUCUUCAACUACUACUACAGCCAGCUACGGUACGAUCUCCUGCACAACCGCAUUCCGGAGAUUGAUUACCGCAAGUACAAGAACAAAAUACUCGGCUAUGUCGUAAACGAUAUGUACCGGAAGAUCAUCGAGGACAAGGUCGGUCUGAACGAGCUGAAACGCGACUUCGAGAAGUACAUCCCGCGAAAGAUUAGCCGGGAGCAUUCGGUGUGUUUCGUCAACGUUGCCCAAAAGCGAAUAUUCGAAUCACUCAACUCCAUCCAGAACAGAGAUCAUGACGUUAACUACGUGAAGAACGUCUAUAUCAACGAUAUCGAUAACAUCGCACCGGGCUAUCUGUAUGAGGAGUAUGCCGCCGAAAUUCAGUAUCCGAGAGGCGAGUUCAGUUCCCGAACUGGCAAGUGUCCGGUAAAGCUACGGUUUCAACCUUACGGUACGACCCUGUCCACGCGCGACACGACCAAGUACGGUUCCACCGGCGGUGGACUGGAGCGAACGUUGGAGCAUGAAGAUGCCACGACCACACCCGGACUGAAGGUGUUUUUUGCCAGCAAGUGGCAACAUGUGACGAACAUCGAUGAAAUACUCACCAUACUGGUAGAAAAGCUGACGGUGAAACUCGCACUGGAAGACCAGUCGGAACCGUACUGUAUAGACUUUCACGAUCAGACUGAAUUGAACUCUUUCGUAACCUGUCUAGCCGGUUACUAUAGGUUAAUGUGCAAAUGGACCGUGUAUAUAUGUCAGGACUAUCUUUCCUCGCCGAUGCUCAACGUGCUGAAGGAACUAAAGUGCCACGGGCCGAUCGGCGGGAAAUAUUCCACUGACAAAAUUCGGGAAAAGAAUAGCAGCUGCGGCGCUUGCAUUAUACGGCAGUGCGAGGAGCAGUACGAUACCUAUUAUGUCGAUAUGCUAGAAACUGAUGGACUGAUAAAAACGUACAAGCUUAUCCACACCGAAGAUCAGUGGCACGUGCAGGACGAGAAGGAAGAGCAGGUGUAUCGAUACAACCAGCUGACCGAAGCGCUGAAGAGCCUCAACCCUGAGAUAACGAGCGUCUACCGAUUGCCGCCGUCAGACAACGAUACCGCACCCAAUCUGUUACUUUGCCGACCGACCGUAAAGUCCUCCCCGAAGCGUUUGUUGCGCGGUGGAACGCAGGAACUGGGACAAAAGCGGGCCUGUAUCAUCAAUGCCGCGAAGGAACUAGUUAUCAAUCGCUCUCCCGUGGAAGACGAAAGCGAUGGUUUCACGAAACGUACGCGUGCGGACUUUUUGCUGCCUAACAAUAGCAAGAUGGAGGUGACACUUAAAUUACUGAAAAACGAGAAGGAGGGAGAAUUUCUUAAGGACUUUUUGCAGGUGGCCGGCCAGUGGGCAACGAUCGAUUCGAUCGAUAUCAUUAAGCUUUACGGUAUGACCGUAUGCAAGCCGAUCACGAUGGUGCUGGAAUAUGCGCGUUACGGUCGGUUGGAUGAGUUUCUGCGUACGCGUCGCACCACGGUACGACCAACCGCGUUGAUCGAGAUAGGCCAUUCGCUUGCCCGUGCGCUUUACUAUCUGCAGAAACAUGGCAUCGUCCACGGGAACAUUCGGUGCUCGUCCAUGUUGGUCACCCAGUACGAUGAUGGGGAGCAGCGCGUUCUUGCCAAGCUCGGUGAUCCGGGCAUGCACGGGCAGCGCCGGUUGACGAAGCACGACCUUCUGUGGAUACCGUACGAGUAUCAGGAUCUCAGCGAACACAGUGUCGCCAGCUUGCGGCAAGAUCCGGCCACGGAUGUGUGGGCCUGCACCUCGACGCUGUGGGAAAUAUUUAGCCGAGGCAUCAAGAUGCACGUGUACAAGCCGGCUGAAUUUCUGCCCUCGCGCAAAUGGCUCCAGACGAUGCCACCGGAGCUGAAGGAUUCGAAGCAGAUUUACGAAUGUUUAAGCUGUGGCUGGCAUGCGGAUCCCGACAAACGGAUUGCACCGCAAACGAUCGUCGGGCUGCUGGUUCAUGCACGUCAAUUAGAUGGAAGCUAUUGUACGGUAGGAAAUGGGCACGUUAACGGUCAUUCGACAAGUAACAUGCUGAAUGGAUCUGAAUUCAAAAAUAGUAUCCUAUCUAUGGAAACGAAUUCCACACUGGUUCGUUCGCGCACCGACUGCACCUCUUCGUCGUAUGUCAGCAACGGAAGUGAUAGCGAGCUGCGUAGUAACGCGUCUAGUGGAAGCAGCUCGCUACCGCUGCUCUCAAACCCCAUGAGUCGUUUCAGUGGCGACUCGUACUACGAGAAAACAUUUGUUAACUGCUCCGACUAUAUAGAGCUUAGUAGCAGCGAACGAAUCUUCUUUCAUAACAUACUUGGCGAGGGCAAUUAUGGGCGCGUGUACCGUGGAACGUUCGAGCGAGACAACCAGGCACCGAGAGAGGUCGCACUGAAAACGAUCUACGACGAUCGACCCGACCUGAGUCGUGUGAGAGACGAUUUUAAGCGUGAGGUCGAUAUCAUGAAAAGUUUGCGACACAUCAACAUUGUGGAGUUUAUUCGUUUUUACGAGGAGCAAGACAAACUCAUUGUGGUGAUGGAGUACGUACCCAUGGGUUCACUACUGACGUACCUCGGGUACAAGCGAUACGAUCUGAAGGAACCGGAUCUGCUAUGGAUGGCGCGGGAUAUUGCAAAUGGUAUGCAUUAUCUGUUUGAGAAGAAGAUAGUCCACCGUGAUCUAGCGGCACGUAACAUUCUGGUGGAGAGCAGGAAGUGUGUAAAAAUAUCGGACUUUGGUCUGGCACAAGUUACCGAGGGAAGCAAUUACUAUGUAGCGCGACACAGCCGAGAACUGCCGAUACGCUGGUACGCACCGGAAACGCUCGAAACGCAGAAAUAUUCCUUCCAAUCGGACGUCUGGUCGUUCGGUGUGACAUUGUACGAAAUGUUCACAUACGGCAAUAGGCCCUACGCACACGUGGAGCUGAAAAGUGCGGCUCAGUUGUAUCAACUGUUGCAGCGAGAGACUAAGAUAUUACAGCUUCCAGAACCGUUUUCGUACGUGUACGAUAAGCUUAUGGCACCCUGCUUUAAGCGUAACCCACACGAGCGGAUGACCUUCAGCGAGCUGCUUGAGGAGCUGAACGACAUGAUAAAUCAGUAUGGUGAACCGAUUAAUUAGGUGUGCAAUAUACGCGGAUAUGGGCCCAAAAAUGCUCUACGACUCAUGUUAGAAUCAUGUGAAUAACUUAAGAUAUUGCUGCCGUAUCGGUACAAGCGAACGUUUAGAUCAAACGGAACAGAUAUCUGAAAUGAAUUUAAAUUAGUGCUAGGAAUUAACGAAGGUCCAGCUCUGCAGUUUGGAGUUGAUGUAAGAUCUGUAUUUUAAACACACAGAAUAGGGUCACAGAACCGUGACAAACAUACACUGUGCGGCGGUGUGAUGCGUCUGAAUUGAUAGUAGUGUAUAGAUAAUAGAUCGCCACCGCUGCAUAAUCAGACAUACACGCCGCCAUGGUUAUUGUAUCGUGACUAAAUGGUUGUUACAAAGUCGUCCUGCCUAACGCUGCGCUUUCAGUUGUUUACGAUUUGCACGCACUGAUGCUAUAUACUCACACCUUUCGAAUGUUGUCAAUUUUGAUGAUCAUUAGAGACACUGCUAUUUGUUGUGCAAUGUAGAAAAGCGACGGCAACAACAAAAUAACACACAUUCGCACUUAUAGUGACGAAAAAAAACUAUUGAAUGAUGUUUUAGCCGUUUCUGCGCCCAGCAAAGUUGACGAAAGAAUAGAAAAGGAAAAAAAGCCUGCUGGUGUACGGCAUCCUUUAGUUGCGCAGGUAAAUUGCGCAAAGCACCAGGGUGGGUAAGCGAUGUACCGUCAGUAUGCUGCAAUAGUGGCCAGGUGGUGUUGUAGCAUCGUUAACGUUACUCCUACCGCGUGAUGUAUAGACAGGGAGUAUCGGACGAUGCGGUGUUGGCGUAUGGUAGCAAUACCUUUUAAUGUUGUGAAGCACCAGGUGUAUGACCUACUAAAGAUUCGCUAUAGAUUAAUCGUAACUGUUGGAGAAAAAUGAUGCAUCGCUGCAUUGCUACUGAGAAGUGGCAAAACCGUGCACAUCCCAACUUGAACCGGUCGAUCUUGACGAACCCAUAACUUGCGCAAUAUCGAUGAAGUACACGCAUGCCAAGCUAAAGCACGCAACAGUAUUGAUCGUGUGGGACGAGGUGUCGAUGGAAAGCCGGUACGUGCUCGAGGCA